AUGGAAAUGAAGAGGAAAGUCAUGGCGAGAGGAGACCGAGAUUGGCUCAGCGAUUUACCCGACCCGAUUCUACUCCACAUUCUCUCUAUGUUGUCGAACAGUAAAGCAGUUGUAAGAACCAGUGUAUUAUCCAGAAAAUGGAGGUUUCUUUGGAUGUCUGUUCCAAUAUCACUCGAUUUCCACUUCCCAAUUGGUGGAAGCGAAAAUGACAAUCUCUUUUACUUGGCUUCCACCCAUAGAGAGCUUAUUAUUGGAGGAAUUGCGAGAAAAUCCAGAAAUUCUGGGUCUGGCGCCUUAGUUGCUAAUGUUGAAAGUUUUGCACUUGGAAUUAUCAAUACAAAUCACCAAAGAUAUGAGUUUCCUCAAUUUGCAUAUAAAAAUAAUUCAUUGAGGGAUUUGGCUUUACGGUACUGCCAACUCAACCCUACUGGUAGUGUUAAUUGGAGUAGUCUCGUUUCUCUUUCACUUGUGUCCUUGCCUUUGACUGAUGGUGUAAUGGAAAAGGUAUUAUCUGGUUGCCCUAACUUGGAGUGCUUGGAACUGGAUAGUGUUUCGGGCAUUCAUCGUUUGGAAAUCAGCUCUGUGAAGCUGAGAGAAUUGAGCAUACAAGAUUACAUAAAUGAGAAUCCUGACCUUUGGCUCGAAAUAUUAGCCCCUUUUAUUCAAAAUUUGCAACUUUUGGG